GUCCGCAUUGCACCCCCUUGAACAUCCUCCUUGCACUGUGUGCUCUAGCGUGUUAUCUAAACUUUUUUGCCUGUAUUCUCCUUUCCUUGAAGAUCACCAGGGUCGCCUCCAAGCGUAUUUGAACCAAUGGCCACUACACCCCCUCCCAAGAAAGGCUUUCGCGCUCGCGUUGGAACGGCGAUGCGUCGCUCCUCGACGAGCUGGGGUCUCCCAGGGUUGCCCCAUCAUGCAGGCUCAACAACUCCCCCUCUCCCCGAGCCGGACUCGGCCUCUAUCGCAGGAUCCACCUCUCCAAAGAUCGAGCGUGAGGGCUCCACUACGUCCCUUGCGCAAGUCGACACUACUCCACCUCCCACCCAAACGACUCCCAGUCCCAUUCCUGAGUCGCCCGCUCGUGAAGCAGCUGCCCUUGCCGGCGAGGCAACUCCUCAGGGACCAUCCCUGCUCUCAGGGAAAGCUAUCACCGCUGAACCUGCUUCAGAUCCUUCUCUUCAAGCGCCUGAAGAACCACGCAAAUCCGUUGAAGCGGCCCAACCGGAGCCCGCGAUACCCUCCGUUGUGGUUCAUUCUCCCCCUGCAUCUGAGGCUGUUCUUGCUCCAGUGUUCACAGCGGAGCCAGAAGAUAUAUCUCUCGUAGAGCCGGUUCGCACUCAAGUAUCUCCUCCCCCUGCCUCAACGCAGGCUCCCGAUACCACUUCAAAGCCUGCUCCAGCCCCUUCUACGACGCCUCCACCAACUACAGCACGUCAACCUACGCCUCCAGCUCCAGCUGUUGCGCCAACGAAAGCUCCUACGCCUCCACCUGCCACAUCACGUCAACCCACGCCUCCAGCUCCAGCCGUUGCGCCAACGAAAGUUCCUACCCCUCCUCCGGCAGGAGAGGCGGCAGCUGCGCCUUCAACAGUACCCCAGAUACCUGCUUCCUCGUCAGAUCCUGCACCUCCUACAGCACCAGCACCGUCUCGUACACGAGCUUCAACACCUCUAUCGCAGAUCUCUCGUGCUCCAUCCUCUGCUCCACGAUCUCCCCCUGUACAAACACCUGGCCCUGCUCCGGGUGCAGGUUACUUUGACCUGUCAGUUCCUCGCACCUCGUCUCCGCUUGAGGAUAAUGCAGAUGAGGGCGCAAACGUCUGGGCAGACCAUCCCUCUACUUCUCCACCUCCGCCGGCACCCGCGCCUGCCCCCGAAUUCGACCCACUCAAUCGCCCUGCAGCACCCAAAGGAGCGAAAAAUACUCGUCCUCGGGGUUCAUCUGCCGCCUCUUCGCAGGUGAUGAACCAGCGGCAACCGAGUCGGAAGCCAAGUUCAACCUUCCAGCCCCGCGAGCGGGAGAUUGUUGGCACCACGUACACCUGGAGUAACCCGAGCAGUGAAUUCAACCAAAGCAAGGCGAGCUUGAUAAUACCUUCGGAGGACCCGUUUGCAGAUCCAGGCUCGACUGCUCCGGGCUACCAUCUCUAUCCCCCUCAUCAGCCGGCUGACAUUUCGUCACCUAUUGUUGCUGAUGAUUUUGACCCUCGAUCCCCACGAGACGAUAGCAUGAUAGCUCCUGCCGAGCCAGUGGCGGUACCACUACCCGCCAUGCAUGAAGUCAUGCUUACCCACUCCGUUCGACAAGUCUCUUCAGGCUACACCUCGAGUGACGACGCGAGUGGUGGGUACUUCGCGAGCAGAGACGUACCGCGAGACACAAACGAGCGUCAUCCUUUGAUCCCUCGCCAAAAUCGCCCGGCUACGCCCCCAAUAAUGACCACGUUCCCAGAGCCCAGCCCAUCGAGCCACAUCGCACAGUCCUAUCGUUCACAAACACUCAACUACAGCCAGCCCACUCCACAGCGUGCCCAGCCUGCUCGUCUUGAAGGCAAUGGUUCGGCACACACCUAUACAUAUGGGUCAGUGUCCACGCCGUAUGCUAUCCGCGGAUGGGUGGAGAAGGCGCUUCCUCACGGCGGAAAGUACUUUGUGAAUCCUCGUAUCCAAGCUACGACCGACAUUGAUCUUCGAAACCUGGCUAAGCUGGACAUGGUCAUGUCAGUCGCGGAGACGGCUGGUAUCGCCCCUGAAGGAUGUGAAAUGUGGGUCAGAGAAGGUCCCGCCGUGAAGAGGGGUUGGAGAAGACAGAAGAUGGCUGGAGGGCCCGUUAUCAGUUGGAUAGACCAUCGAAUCCGCAGAGUUUCGAGCGAAGUCCCUGGUGUUGAUGGAAUUAUCUUUUCUGGGGAAGAUGACAGACUUGAUGAUGAGUACAGAUACUGGUCGUUUGUGGAGUCUCACCCCGCGCAUAUUUCAUUGCCGGGAAGUGCUCGUCAAGAAGCUAUAGACGCUCUUCAUUGGUCUUACACAGACCCUUUGUUGGCGCAUCCUCAGCCGGUCCCCCCUCCCUUCAGCCAGGACGAAUGUCACAAGUUGUUGGGACAUCUCAACGACCCCAGCCUCCGGUCAACCACAACGCACACACGGAUGGUUGCCCGUAUCUUGCUUCGCGUCGUGCACUGGCGUCAAAUGCAUUUCCGACCACACAAGCCUCUUCCCCGCGAUGUGCCUGUCAUGCAGCGUCCCAGACGACGCGUUCCUAUAGGUCGCAUGGUUGUCGAUAUCAUCACUGGCAUUCUUUGCCUAGGUAUUCCAUUCUUCCUCGUGGACAGGUCAAGCUAUGCCGGACAUCUGGACUUGGAGGGUAACAUUAUAUCCAAUUCCGGAAGUCCUAUGUUCCUUGCUGGGGCUUGCGCGUGUCUAGUGGCCGCUGUCAUCCUCAGCGCUUCUGUGACACUCAUGACCUUACCUGGACUGAAUGGUAUCGCGCGCAUCGCAGGCCUCGUUGCCAUCAUGUGCUCGGUAUUGAGCAUGACAACGUCUUUCAUUUCUAUCAUGCGUCACAAAACGGAAUUGACGCAUGGGACGCCCGCGUCAGGCUCCGAAGGAUUUGUACUUCUCACUCGCCGAAGUGUUCUUCUAUCUCUACCACUUGUAUUCCUAGCCUACUCCGUCGCAGGCUUUAUCACUGGCGUUGUCAUCUACUCAUUCAACGGAGUCGUGGUCAAUGCAACAGCGAAUGGCUCCCUAUCACAGGUACAUUGACGACGACGGUCGGUAUGAUUGUUCAACAGCGAUAACGAUGAUGUCUACCUACGAGGUUGCUUACGAUUUAUUUACUGUGUAUGUUAGAAUUCUGUAUUACGAACCUGCUGCUCACGCACUCCUACCUUAUAUAUGACACGAGGUUGAACUCAUCCUCCUUCACAUAUCUGUGUGACGGGAGUGAGCUCUUCGUCACCUUCUCCCCGUCCUUGUUAACUCUUCUUC